CAAGGUCCUCCAGACUCAGUGCUCGAGAUGGGCUCAUUCGUACAUUCAGUUGAAGGUGAUAUCUUCUGCCGUUCCAUCAAUACAAAGAUCCCAUACUUUAAUGCACCAAUAUACCUUGAGAACAAGACCCAGAUUGGUAAAGUGGAUGAGAUUCUUGGACCAUUGAACGAGGUGUUCUUCACUAUCAAGCCAAGCGAGGGUGUGCAAGCUGACUCUUUUAAAGAUGGAGAUAAGUUUUACAUUGCUCCAGAUAAGCUCUUACCAAUUGAAAGAUUCUUGCCA